AUGUUGGAGAGCAUUGGGGUUAUGUGGGAACUUUGCUACCACCACAAGGAGUCGACCUUGCUGGACAUGCACUCGGCCUUGGCACUGGUGUUCUCCUUCGUGCUGGGCUCCUUCACUUGCGGCCUGCUCAUCGACAAGAACCAGGUGCACUUCGGGGGGAAGUCGUGGUACGGCGUAGCUCUGGUCGGGAACGCUUUGUUGAUCUUCUCAGCUGCCCUGAUUCCGAACCAGCGCUUGCUGUCGGUCGUCCAGGAUGUGCAGCUGGUCUUGCUGCCCUUCGCCGGCGCAGGAAAGGAGCAGGUGGCCGAGCUGGCCGAAGCCGCCGCGCGCGGUGAUGAAUGGGCCGUCGAGAGGAUUCUGCAAAGGCCCCAGGAUCCCAACACGACCCGCCUCGGCAAGACGCCGGUGGGCCUGGCCUCUCUGUGUGGCCACGUCGCGACGGUGCGUCUGCUACUGGAGGCCGGGUCGGACGCGAACAAAGGCGACGCGACACCUUUGUACGAGGCAGCUGCGCAUGGCCACGUGGAGGUCGUCGACCUCCUGCUCGCGACAGGGGUCGAUAAGGAGAAGGGCAUCUCCACGCCCCUCCACGCGGCAUGCAAGAAUGGCCAGGUGGAGGUCGUGCGCCUGUUGCUGAAGGCUGGGGCGUCGGUGGACCGGGCAGACAAGAACGGCUCCACUCCUCUUCACGGCGCCUCUUGGUUCGGCCACGCGGAGAUCGCGCAGCUCUUGCUGCAAGCGCGGGCCGACAAAGACAAGAGCGAUCCGACGCCUCUACACCGAGCGUCCUCUCGCGGCCACGCGGGGAUUGUUCGGGUGCUGCUGGAGGCGCGCGCCGACAUCGACAGGACUUGCUCCUCCACGCACCUCUUCGAGAUCCAGUCGACCUGCGACGGCGAGACGACGGUUGAGGUGAGGAUGUCCAUCUCGGAGCGGGACCGCCGGCGGCGGUCGACCCCGCUGUUCGAGGCCUCCCUCCACGGGCACGUGGAGAUCGUGCGGCUCUUGCUGGCCGCGAACGCCGACACGGACAAGGGCGACUCCACGCCCCUCUACGCGGCGUCCCUCAUGCUGGUGCGCCGCCAGCAUCACAAGGACAUCGCCCGCAUGCUGCUGGAGGCGGGGGCGCAGAACCGGAGCAACUCGAUGGCCUGGGUGGCGACGCCGUUUCUCUGUGGACUCCCGAGGGCGGUUCUUAGGGUUUAG